AUGGGCUUUGAGGAGCUCCUGGACAAAGUGGGUGGCUUUGGCCCCUUCCAGCUGCGGAAUCUGGUGCUAAUGGCCCUGCCCCGGGUGCUGCUGCCCAUGCAUUUCCUCCUGCCCGUCUUCAUAGCCGCUGUGCCUGUCCACCACUGUGCCUUGCCUGGUGCCCCUGCCAACCUCACUCACCAGGACUUGUGGCUGGAGGCCCAUCUGCCCCGGGAAACUGAUGGCAGCUUUAGCUCCUGCCUCCGCUUUGCCCAUCCCAAGGCUCUCCCCAAUACCACCUUGGCAACAGGGGCACACAGCUCUGGGGAGCCUGAGGGUGAACCCACCACGGUACCCUGCUCUCAGGGCUGGGAGUACGACCACUCAGAAUUCUCCUCCACCAUUGCAACUGAGUGGGACCUGGUGUGCGAGCAGAGAGGGCUAAACAAGAUUACCUCCACCUGCUUCUUCGUUGGGGUGCUGCUGGGGGCUGUGGUGUACGGAAACUUGGCUGACAGGUUUGGCCGGCGCCAGCUUUUGCUGGUGGCUUAUGUGAGCUCCCUGGUGCUGGCCCUGGCAUCUGCCGCCUCAGUCAACUACAUCAUGUUUGUCAUCACCCGAACCCUCACUGGCUCAGCCCUGGCUGGUUUCACCAUCAUUGUGUUGCCACUGGAGUUGGAAUGGCUGGAUGUGGAACACCGCACUGUGGCUGGUGUCAUCAGCACCAUCUUCUGGACAGGAGGAGUGCUGCUGCUAGCACUGGUUGGGUACCUGAUACGGAGCUGGCGGUGGCUUCUGCUAGCUGCCACCCUGCCAUGCGUCCCAGGCGUCAUCAGCAUCUGGUGGGUACCUGAGUCUGCACGAUGGCUUCUAACCCAGGGCCGUUUGGAGGAGGCCCGGACAUACUUGUUCCGCUGUGCCAAGCUCAAUGGGCAGCCUGUGAGCGAGGACAGCCUGAGCCAGGAGGUUCUGAACAAAGUGGUCACUGUGGAACGGGUGCUGCGAAGACCCUCAUACCUAGACCUGUUCCGAACCCCGCAGCUCCUACGCAUCUCACUGUGCUGCAUGAUGGUGUGGUUUGGAGUAAACUUUGCCUACUAUGGCUUGAUUCUGGACGUGUCUGAGCUGGGGCUGAACGUGUACCAGACGCAGCUGCUGUUGGGGGCUAUGGAACUGCCCUCCAAAAUCGUGGUCUACUUCCUCGUGCGUCAUGUGGGACGCCGCCUCACAGAGGCUGGAACACUGCUUGGUGCCACUCUGACCUUUGGCAUCAGCCUGCUGGUGUCUCCAGGGACCAAGUACUGGGUCACAGCUCUGUUGUUGUUGGGAAAAGGGUUUUCUGAAGCUGCCUUCACUACAGCAUACCUGUUCACAUCUGAGUUGUACCCUACUGUGCUCAGACAGACAGGAUUGGGACUCACUGCACUCAUCGGCCGGCUAGGGGCCUCUUUAGCCCCACUGGCAGCCUUGCUAGACGGAGUAUGGCUGAUGCUGCCCAAACUUGCUUAUGGGGGAAUUGCCCUGCUGGCUGCCUGCGCUGCACUCCUGUUGCCCGAGACAAAGGUGGCACAGCUGCCAGAAACCAUCCAGGAUGUAGAAAGAAAGAGUAUUCAGGAAGAAGAUAUGCAGGUCCGGAACUGAGGGAGACUAGAGAUAGCCCUCCAAAGGAGCUCUGCGGGACCAGAAACAGAAGGCAGGCUCCUGAGACUGGGACAUCACAGCCCUGUGCCUAAAAAUGAAGUUGCCACUGGCACCUUCUGUAUUCUUUCAGUC